AUGUCUUCCUUCUUCGACGACAAAAAAGAGCCCGACGAAAUCACCCAAACCCCCACCAACACGUCCGCCAAAUCCCUCAGCACCGGCGACUUCGAAAAGCUGGAGAAGCUCGAAAUCCUGCCACACAUUCUCCAAGAGGGCAUUCUCUUCGCGGGAUCCGGAUCCGCCCUCCUCCUCCAAGCCGCCUACCCCGGCAUCAAGAACCGCAUCAGCGACAGCCAAAACGCCCAGCAGGACAGCAGCAGCGCGCUGGCCAAAGAACUCAGCGACGCCCUCCAAGCCACCCUCAGCUACAUCGCCUGCCUGGUGCUCGGCACGGAGAAGGAGAAAAAGACGCUCCUCGAUCUGCUGCAGCGCGGCCAGCACCCCAUCCGCGCCAGCGAGACCUACACGUCGCACCCGCCCACGCAGCUCUGGGUGUCUGCGACGCUCUACGCGACCGCCACGGACUUCUACCAGCGGAUCUACGGGCGCGUGAACUACCGCACGGCGGAGAAGGCGUAUGCCGAGUUCACGCUGCUCAUGCACGCCCUGGGCAUGCCGACGGGGACGUGGCCCGCAACCCGCCAGGCGUUCUGGAAGUACUGGGACGACCAGAUCGAGCAGCUGAGUGUCACGGCGGAUGCGCACCGCUUCGCGAAGGAUCUGUUCGACCGCACGGAUCUGCCGAGGUGGGUGGUUAUGUUGAAGCCGCUGAUGCGGGUGGCUACGAUUGAGAUGCUGCCGCCGAGGAUUCGAGAGGCGUAUGGACUGAAGUCGACGGCGUCGACGAGGGGCUUGUAUCGGACGGCGAUGGGGUUCUCGGUGGCGAUUUAUCCGGCCCUUCCCAAGUCGACGAGGUCGUAUGCGUUGCAGUAUUAUUUGGAGGAUUUGAGGAAGCAUUUGAAUGUUCGUAUCGGCAUUAUCGACCAAGCCCUGCAGCUUGUCGAUAUUCUUGCUCGACAGCAGCUUCUGAAGAUUCUUGGGCGUGUCGCCGCCCAAGAGCACCGCGCCGCCUUUGACGAUAGUCUGCAGAUCUUCCAGCGUGUCCUGGCUGAGGAGCUCCUUCAGGCCGUCGAUCAGCUGCGGCAGCUCAGAGAGAAGACCACCGGUGGGCUGAGGAGCUGGUGCGGCCACGGGGUUGGGGUUGGCGAUGGCCAAGGGGGCAGCAAAAAUGAGGUACUUGAAGAGACGCAUUUUGAAGACGACUGA